AUGUCUCGCAAGUUAGAUAUUGGUAAAAGUGAAUAUUUACUUUUCAAUACUGUUGAUGAAGAAACUAAGAAAUUCUUCAGACCUUUGAAUUUUCUGCAGUCUGUUUUCCUCUUUACAAAGUACACCAUUCGCGAUAACUUUAUAACUCACAAAAGCUUAUCAUCUUUAAUAAUAUGCAUUACAAUACAAGAAAAGCGAAUGCACAAAAAUAUCAUCCGUUUAUCCAAAAUUACUUUGAAGAUGGCGCCUUGUAACUUGUUCACUUUUGAUGCUACUACCCCUCGGAAACUUUUGUCACUAAUCGCUACGUAUACCAUAGUAUUGUUGCAGUUUGCUUUAGUUAAAUAA